AUGCUCGGCGCACCCGGCCACAACGGCCACGACGCCGCGGAGCGCGCGCAGGAGCAGACCGCUGCCGCUGCCGCUGCCGCCGCGCGGCCCUCGUCGCCGAGAGGCCUCGUGCUCGCGAGCGCCGGCCUCCUCCACCGCGGCGACGUCGACGGCGCCCGGCGCGCGGCGGACGAGGUCCUGUCCACCGCCGACCCGCGAGGCGACGCGGCCGACCGACUCGCGCACCACUUCGCCCGCGCGCUCGCUCGCCGCGUCGACGAAGACAAGGCCGCCGCCGGGGACGUCGUCGCCGCGGCGCCCGCGCCCGCGGGAGGGGCACCGCCGCCGGCCCCCCGGGGGGCGCCGACGUCGACGGCGUACCUGGCGUACAACCAGAUUGCGCCGUUCCUGCGGUUCGCGCACCUGACGGCCAACCAGGCGAUCCUCGACGCCGCCGCCAGCGCCAGCGGCGGCGGCGGCGCGCGGCGGUUGCACAUCGUCGACCUCGACGCCGCGCACGGCGUGCAGUGGCCGCCGCUGCUGCAGGCCAUCGCCGACCGCGCGGACCCUGCCGUCGGCCCGCUCGAGGUCCGGAUCACCGGCGCUGGGCCCGACCGCGACGUGCUCCUCCGCACGGGCGACCGUCUGCGCGCCUUCGCCGGCUCCCUCAACCUGCCCUUCCGUUUCCACCCGCUCCUCCUCCCCUGCACCGCGCAGCUCGCCGCCGACCCCGCCACGGGACUGGAGCUGCACCCGGACGAGACGCUGGCCGUCAACUGCGUGCUCUUCCUGCACAGGCUCCGCGGCGAGGGCGAGGUCGAGGUCGCCACGUUCCUGAAGUGGGUUAAGUCCAUGAACCCCGCCGUGGUGACCAUCGCUGAGAAGGAAGCCAGCAGCAGCAUCGGCAGCGACGACUGCCCCCCGGACGACCUGCCGCGACGGGUGGCCGCGGCGAUGGGCUACUACUCGGCGGUGUUCGACGCCCUGGAGGCGACGGUGCCGCCGGGCAGCGCUGACCGGCUCUUGGUGGAGAGCGAGGUCCUCGGCAGAGAGAUCGACGCGGCGCUGGCGCUGGAGCCGGGCCGCGUCAGCGAACACACCUGGGGGUUCGAGGCGUGGGCCUCCGCCGCGCGUGCCGCCGGGCUCUCGCCUCGCCCGCUCAGCGCGUUCGCGGUGUCGCAGGCGCGGCUGCUGCUGCGGCUGCACUACCCGUCGGAGGGGUACGUCGCCGAGGAAGCCCGCGGCGCGUGCUUCCUCGGCUGGCAGACGCGGCCGCUCAUGUCGGUCUCGUCUUGGCAAUAG